UCAUGUUUUAUCAAAAUAAAAAUGUUUGUAGCGUUUUGCAGAUCCAUAGAAACCAGUUGUCCCUGAUAUUUUCGUUGGCUUUUUUUUUGUUAUAUUAUGGUUUUAAUGGUUUCAAUUUAAUUAAUUAAAUUACCUAUUAAUUUAAUGGUUAUGUCUUUUCCACCACAAAACGCUAGAGUUCUUAAAUUUUCUAUUAGGUAUUCAAAAUCGAAAGAUACUCGAAGACUUAGAGUUAAAAAAACAGUUAUUAUUAAAAACGGGAGCUGUUCCAACUCCUCCAACAAUUUCUCAUCCUAUUACUCCGGGAACAUCCGAUAGUCAUUUUCAACGUGCUCAAGCGUUGCAAUCUGCUGGAUUUUUUAUUACUACAGAUUCCGCUUUUGGAAACUCUAUACUACCUGUAUUACCACGACUUGAGAAAUAAAAUUCAAUUAUGGCAACAAUGAAGUUAAAAAAGUUACAAUAUGAGCUUGAAGAUAUUGAGACAUUUGAAAAUCCAAAGAUCGAACUAGAACAAUAUACUACAUCAUCACAUAUUGCUGCGUGUAUUCUUCAUACAGCGCAAUUUGUUUAUGACGAUAUAAAGGAUAAGAUGGUGGCUGAUUUAGGAUGUGGUUCAGGAGUGUUAUGUAUUGGUGCUGCUCUAUUAAAUGCUAAAUUAUGUACAGGUUUUGAUAUUGACCCGUCUGCUAUUAAACUGAGUGUAGAAAAUGCUGCUGACCGAAAUGUAUCAGAGCGUUGUGAAUUUGUUUUAUGUGACGUAAAAACCAUUUAUACAAGCAUAAAAUCUAAAUCAUUUGAUACUGUAAUAAUGAACCCACCAUUUGGAACAAGACUUAAAGGAGCCGAUUUAAUAUUUUUAAAAAUGGCUUUAAACUUGGCUACUAAGGCUGUAUAUUCGCUCCAUAAAACAAGCACAAGAAAAUAUGUGAUGGAUACUGCAAAAAGAAUGGGUGUAUAUUCUAAGGUUAUCGCUGAGUUAAGAUUUGAUUUGCCUGCAUCUUAUAAAUUUCAUAAAAAAGAUUCUCUUGAUGUACAAGUUGAUUUAAUACGAUUUGUAUUGCCAGGUGAGGAACAGUAAAUUGAUUCUGUUCCAAUUAAAUAUGAUAUAAUUUAAAUUAUAUUAAUUAUUAUAAAAUUAAUUGUAUCGAGAAAAUUUAUUUUAUUUUUUAAAUAAUAUUAACUUAAAGAUUUAAAUUUAACAUUGAACAUUGUGGAAAAAAUUUCUGGUGUAAUAAAUUGAAGUUUUUUUGCCUUAAA